GACUGUAAAUUGGCGGUCGCGGUGUCCAAAGUGCUGCUACAAAAUCGUCGCCGCUGCAUCCCAGGAUUGAGAGAGAGAGAGAGAGAGAGAGAGAGAGUGAGACAUGUCGGAUCACGAUAGCGACGCCGAUGCACCCGAGGACAUCACGGAGGUGGAUCGAGAGAUGUCGGAUCACGAUAGCGACUCCGAUGCACCCGAGGAGCUAACGGCUCAAGAGGGUACCACAAAAGAUGAAGAGAUUAGGAAAAUCCAACGAGAAAAUGAAGUCAGGGUGGCUUGGGAAGGCAAAGAGCGGAGAAGGCAGUGGGCACAAAGGAAAGCUCCACCAAAAUUAGACGAUGAUGUUCAAAGGAAGGAACCUCCAACAUCAGCCGAUGAUCUUGAUCAAGAAUUUACAGAUAAAGAAGAGCCUCAAGAGGGGGCAAUUAUAUCAGGGAUGCUUCCAAGCAAUAUCGUUGAUCUUCUUGCAGCUUGUGAAAAGAAAACCUUCGCUUCAGACUCGGAAGAGGAGAUUGUAAAUCACAAGCCCAACAAAAAGAAGAAAAAGCAGAAAUUGUCCGGGCCUGAAACUGUGCUUCUGAAGGAAAUACCCCCUGCCCAGUGCCAGCAGAACGCCAUAGAAUUCCUAAAGAGGAGAAAGAUGCGAGUCCCAAGGUCUUUUUCUGUUCUGAAAAACUCGAAGCAGGCUCUUCGCCUUCUUUCCUCCCGUGAGAGCCUGUCAAGUACGAGGUGAAUGUUUAAUUGAGGAGCAUUCUGCUUCCGUAGGGUGAAAUUCUAGACACAGUAGAAACUCAGUUCUAUAGAGCAAUUCCUGAUCAGUUGAGAGUAGACCUGUGGGGAUCUUCUUUGUAAUGCUGUUCCUCGGAUUGAUACGUAUUUUUAAGCUUUUAUGUAGAAAUUUGCGGAGAGCUAUUGUAAUUUUUUUUUUUUUUUUUUUUUGAGAAAUUUUGGAAGUUUAUUUGUCACUGUGUUGCCAA